GCCCCUGAUGCAGAAGCGAGAAGUGAUCGAUGUUGACAACAACGUGUUGGAUCACCUAACGACAAAGUAUAACUGCUGUGUUAGUCUAGUUCUCUUCAGUUAGGUACAAUAAAGGAGACACCUCAAUGGAGGAAACAGGAGAAAAGUCAUACAAGUGUGAUAUGUGUAGUAAGGAAUUUUCUCAAUCAUCUACCUUACAGAAACAAAGACGAGUACAUACAGGAGAGAAGUCAUACAAGUGUGAGAUGUGUAGUAAGGGGUUUCCUCGACAAGAUCAUCUGCGCAUUCAUCAAAAGACACAUACAGGAGAAAAAACAUGCAAGUGUGAUGUCUGUAGUAAGGAAUUCUGUUAUUUCUCUGAGCUGCAGAAACACCUGGGCACACAUACAGGAGAGAAGUCAUACAAGUGUGACGUUUGUGAUGCAACAUUUUGUCAAUCAUCUAGAUUACAGACACACAGACGAGUACAUACAGGAGAGAAACCGUACAAGUGUGAUAUCUGUAGUAAGGAAUUCUCUGUAUCAUCUAGCUUACAGACACACAGACGAGUACAUACAGGAGAGAAACCGUACAAGUGUGAUGUAUGUAGUAAGGAAUUUUCUCAAUCAUCGCGUCUACAGAGACACAGACGAGUACAUACAGGAGCUGGAUCAAACCUUUACAAGUGUGAGAUAUGUACUAAGGGGUUUCCCCGACCAGAUCAUCUGCGUAGACAUCAAAGGAUACAUUCAGGAGAGAAAGCUUACAAGUGUGAUGUCUGUGGUAAGGAAUUUUCUCAAUCAUCGCGUUUACAGAGACACAGACGAGUACAUACAGGAGAGAAGCCAUACAAGUGUGAUGUAUGUAGUAAGGAAUUUUCUCAAUCAUUCAGCCUACAGACACACAGACGAGUCCAUACAGGAGAGAAGCCAUACAAGUGUGAUAUCUGUAGUAAGGAAUUCUCUAUUUCAGCUAACCUACAGACACACAGGCGAGUACAUACAGGAGAAAAGCCAUACAAGUGUGAGAUAUGUACUAAGGGGUUUUCCCAACAAGUUAAUCUGCGCAGUCAUCAAAAGACACAUACAGGAGAGAAAGCUUACAAGUGUGAUGUGUGUAGUAAGGAAUUUUCUAAAGCAUUCAGCCUACAGAAACACAGACGAGUACAUACAGGAGAGAAGCCAUACAAAUGUGUGAUAUGUGUGAUAUGUACUAAGGGGUUUCCCCGACAAGAUCAUCUGCACAUUCAUCAAAUGACACAUACAGGAGAGAAGCCAUACAAGUGUGAGAUAUGUACUAAGGGGUUUCCCCGACAAGAUCAUCUGCGCCGUCAUCAAAUGACACAUACAGGAGAGAAGCCAUACAAGUGUGAUGUCUGUAGUAAGGAAUUAUAUGUAUCAUCUAACUUACAGACACACAGAUGAGUACAUACAGGAGAGAAGCCAUACAAGUGUGAUAUCUGUAGUAAGGAAUUCUCUGUAUCAUCUACCCUACAGACACACAGAUGAG